UGAAAAGAGGUUUGUCUAGUGCGGGACAAGAGAGUACAGAAGCUGAGAAUAUCUUGUGAGAAAGUAUAAUCUUUAAACUUUGUGAACUGUGAAGGGAUACGGGGACAUGGUGCAGCAGACGGAGCACAGUGAGACGGAGAGCAGCAUGUCGCGAGACACCACGGACACGGAGGAGAACGAGCUGAUGGCGUGCAGCCCGGUGCAACCGAAACCGGACUGGUGCAAAACGGCCACCGGUCACAUUAAGCGACCCAUGAACGCGUUUAUGGUGUGGUCAAAGAUCGAGAGGAGAAAAAUCAUGGAGCAGUCUCCAGAUAUGCACAACGCUGAGAUCUCCAAAAGACUGGGAAAGCGAUGGAAAAUGCUCAAGGACAGUGAAAAGAUCCCUUUUAUCCGGGAAGCCGAACGGCUUCGGCUACAACACAUGGCCGAUUACCCCGACUACAAAUACAGACCCAAGAAAAAACCAAAACUGGACGGUGCUGCGAAGCCGGCAAUGCAGUCGCCGGAGAAGAUCAGCAAAAGUGUCAAAGCAGCAGGAAAGAAGUGCACGAAACUCAAACCCGGCAAACUGGGAAGCGUCAGCGCGAGAUCUUCGCAAGACUGCAGGUUUAACUACGUAUUCACAAACUUAAAAGUGAACAAGUCUAUUAAAAGGGAACUUACCGAUGAUGAAGACGAGGACGACGACGACGAUGAUGAGGACGACUACGAUGACGAGUACCCCUCUCGGAUUAAAGUCGAGGAGGACGAGGAGCCCAUCAGACUGCACAAAGUUCCCGCGAGCCCCACGCUGAGCUCCGCUGCGGAGUCGGAGGGCGCGAGCAUGUACGAGGAGUCCAGGCACACGAGCGGCAGACUGUUUUACAACUUCAAAAACAUUACCAAGCAAAGUUCGGCGUAUCCCGCCUCCGUAUCCCCAGCAUCUUCAUUCAGGUCCGUCUCUUCUUCGUCCAGCAGCUCCAGCGAGGACUCCGACGACUUGUUGGUGGACUUCAGUUUAAACUUAGCGGCUGGCUCCCACGGAGCGGACUUGGGAAACACUUCAGGAAACCUUUGCCUCUCUCUGGUGGAUAAAGAUUUGGACUCGUUCAGCGAGGGCAGCCUCGGUUCUCACUUUGAGUUCCCGGACUAUUGCACCCCUGAGCUCAGUGAAAUGAUCGCGGGAGACUGGCUGGAGGCGAACUUUUCAGAUUUGGUUUUCACUUACUAAACUAAACGUCCUCUUGAAACGAGACGUCUUCAGGUUAUUGUUUGACUUUUGCCUCUGUGGUUGUAGGGGUUAACACGACGGAACGUAGCCUACGUUAUGACACCGGUAACGUAGCAAAGCGACCUAACAUAUGACAGGGUUGUCUAUUGUUGUUCUGUGGGAUUGCAGUGAAACUGCUUAAACUAAGGUGGAGAGCAAAUGUAAAAUCUGAACUAUGCAUUUCCAUCCCACUCAAAUCUCUACAGGGAGUUGGCAAAACGGCUGCUGGACCGAAUGGAGGCGAUUCAGAAACACUGUUCAGGAUGUAACUUUUCCCGAGGUCUAAUGUAAUUUCUGUAUGCCACAAAUAUUUCUUUUUUGUAACCAGUUCCGUUUCCCUGCAAACAUGGGAAUGUUUAACCAGAGUACACACAGGUAUGGCAGGAAGCAUUUUGAUACAUAACCAACAUACCUCAUCUUUUUAAAAAAUAAAGUAAACUAUUUUCUGGCAUAUUUUUGUACAGUUAAAGGGGAAUGUUCUUACUGUGCUCUAAAUGAGGUUUCUUCAGGCACUUCAACCCGGUUUCAUUUGUAAAAGCAUGCAAGAAUUAAACCGACAACUUGCAUUUAAAUGCCUUGUUAUUAUUUUACUCGAGGCAAAUGUACAGAUGUAGAUCUGAAGCAUUUCUAUAGAGAAGUGUACAGUGGAAUUUUGGGGAAAACACAUAGACCUCAUUUCUGGUACUAGAAUGAAGAUUGUAUAUGUUCUGUAAUAUAGUAAAGCUAGGAGUUUAUGUAUAUCUGUGUGAAUGGGUCCCAAAUAGCAGGUGUAAAACUGGAUUUUGUUUUGCUUUUUCUAUCACAAUGGCACAUUUUGUUUUUCAUUAUUUUUGUGCAAUAUACUCCCAAAAUGGACCAUCUGCGUUUUGUAGCAAAGAAAAUGAGUUACAUGUCGUCAUGCUGAAGUCUGUAUCUGACACAAAUAAAUCAGCUGGAACUGA